AUGGCACAUGUAUUAGAAAGAAUUGUGAAAUAUAUCAUAAAUAUAUUGUAUUUACAUAAUAUUUUAAUGCAUAACAGAGACAGUUAACACUUUGAGCGAUAACACUUUGAUUAUUUUUAUAUAUCUUUUCUAUAUUGUUCUAUACUAUUUUACUCUAAUUUUUUUAUGUUAUUAAAUUCUUAUUCCCUGAUUUUUAUGUUUGUUUGUUAGAAACAGCAAGAUUUGAAAAUAACAAUGGAAGAUUCAUUUAAUUUUUCAAAACUAACUAACUUUUUACAUCAGACCUUGGUAUUUACAGAAGAAGCAAAGAAUGUAUUAAAAUCAAAUUGUGAUGAAGCAAUGUAUUGUUUAAAACCAUUGUAUACAGAAAUCUAUCCUCAACAGGAAGUUAAUAAAGAUGUUUGUACAUGUGUCAAAACCAAAACCGAAGUUGAAGAAAUUGCUGCAGGUAUUAGCAGAGCAUUAAUACAAACACAGCAAUUACGAGAAAAAUUAUCUUCCAAUGUAACGGAAAGAAGUCCAAAAUACUACAAUAUGUAUGAAUAUUCCCAAGCAACUGGAAGUAAAACACAGAAAAAUGUAAAAAAUUUAAAUCUAAACAAUAAAAAUAUAUAUUUGAAACAAAACCUUUAUUGUAUAAAAUCAAACAUUCAGAAGACAAAUAUUGAUAAAGGACAAAGUGAGAUAGCACAAAGAGAUCAACUUAAAAAAACAAAAAAUAAUAAACAAUUAGUAACACACCCAAAAUUAUCAGGAAGCAAGAACUUUCUUGCAAUAAAUAAAAGGAAUAUUAAAAAUAUAAAGGAAGUUAAAGACAAAUUGAGAAAUAAUGUUAAAUCUAAUACUUCCAUAACAAAGUCAAAAUGUAUUAAAUUUGACGAAAGAAAUUCUGCAGCAUCAACAAGUGAAUUAAAAAAUUUAAUACAAAAAAUGACAGUUACAUCUGGUGAUUGUACACUUUCUAAUGAAUAUAAUAUCAAAUGUCCACUACAUGAAAAUAAAAUUUCACAAUAUACCUGUGAGCAGAAUUUGACAGUUAAGACUUUCGUAGAUUGUUUAAAUACAACAGAUAUUCCAGAAGAAAUAAUCAAGUCAUUAAAAGUUUACCAUAAAUUUUUGAAUAUUAAAUAUACAGAAAAAUCAUUCAGUGAAAAACAACAAAAAGAAUUACAUACGUUUUUGGUAGAAUUUAAUAAAAUGAAUGAAAUUGUUCAAAAAGAAUUUGUACACAAGAAUUAUAUCAUAAAUGCACUCUUUAAAUUUAUAUCUUUAUUUCAAUAUCUUUUUUCUAAAACCAUGAAAAUUGAUUUAGAAGAUAUUAGAUUACUGUAUACAGAAUUAAGUUCUCUAUGGAAAAUUUAUGAAUUAAAAGAAUUUAAAAAUAAACAAAUUUUGAAAAAUGAUAUAUUCAGAACACCACAUAUUGUUUUUAAUAUGAAAGGAUAUAUGUCAAAUGGAAUUUGGAAUUCUUUUUAUAACAAAAAUCUUGAAGAGAUGUCAAAAAUAUAUUGUAUACGUUAUACAAGCAAAGACCAGUUGUUAUUAUUCUUUGAUAUAAUACAACAAUUUCAACAUAUACAGUAUUAUAAUGAUUUAAUAAAAAUUAUUGCAGAAGAUAUACUUCCUAACAUGAACGCCUUUUUUGAUUGUACACAAUCAGAAUAUGUAAAAAUAUAUAAAAUGAUUUCUAUUCUUUAUCAAGGUUUAAAUCCAAAAAUUCCUAUUUUAAACAUGAACAACAAUAUGCAAUAUACUUAUACAAAAAAGAGAUUACAAUUUGGGAGACAAUGUAAUUUUACGAAUUAUUGCAAAGUAGAAGCUGAUAUUAAACCAAAUGCAGGGUACACGAAUCACUGUAUUCAAAUAGAUCCUGUAACUCAAGGAACUCAAUGUAGCAAGAUAUAUUCUGUUCAUGAGGUAAAUACAAAUACUGCAACAUUCCGAGAUAGUGGUAUAUAUCAUUCUGAAGGUGGUUGGCCAAAAGAUUUAAAUGCGAAAGAUUUAGAACAGACAGUGAGAUAUAAACGCAAAAUAGAAAAAGAUGAACUAUAUAUUCAUACAAUGCUUCAAUUGCUACCUCCAAUGGAGCAAUGUAUUUUACAAAACAAUGCUUCUAAUAUUUAUGAACAAUAUUUUAGUUACAUGGAGCCAGUUUCUUUAAUACAACGAGUAUAUUCACGUACAGUAAAUGUAUAUCGUGAUAUUUUACCAAUAAAAAGACAAAUAACACAUCUUUCUUGGUCACCAGAUCAAGGAAAUCGUUUUGCGGCUAGUUAUUGUAAUACUGACUUUAAAAAUAUAAUAAAUGACAAUCCUCAGUCGUAUAUUUGGGAUGUAGAAAAUCCAAAUAUGCCUUGUAUGAUUUUAAAACCAUUUUGUCCAAUUUUAACAUUGGAAUAUAAUCCUAAAGAUAGUAAUAUACUGAUUAGUGGCUUAAUGACUGGUCAAGUGGCUUGUUGGGAUAUUAGAAAAGGAUCAGAACCAGUUGAAACAAGUUUAGUGAAAUUUAGUCACAGAGAUUUAUGCAACGAGGUUUUGUGGAUAAAUUCUAAAACUGGCACAGAAUUUUUCAGUGCUUCUAAAGAUGGACAAAUAAUGUGGUGGGAUAUUAGAAAAUUACAAAUGCCUACAGAAACAUUAGUAAUAGAUUUAUGUAAAACUGAUGAUCAAAAUGUUAAUAAAGCAAUUGGAAUUUCAGCAUUACAAUUUGAACCAUCUAUGGGUACACGUUUCAUGUGUGGUCUUGAAAAUGGUAUAGUAAUAUCAGGAAAUCGUAAAGGGAAAACUGCGAGUGAGAAAAUUGCAACACGAUUCAAAGCGCAAUAUGGACCUGUAAUAAGUUUAGAAAGAAACCCAACGUUUGUUAAAAAUUUUUUAACAGUUGGUGAUUGGACAACAAGAAUAUGGUCCGAAGAUUGUAGAGAAUCUUGCAUUGCUUGGACUCCUGGUCAUAGAGAUUUUUUGAUGGGUGGAGCAUGGAGCAUAACACGAUUUUCCGUAUUUUUUUUAAUAAAAAUGGAUGGAACACUGGAUGUAUGGGACUUGUUGAUACAGCAAGAUUCUCCAGUUCUUAGUGUGAAAGUUUGUGACGAAGUAUUAACAUAUAUAAAACCACACGAACAAGGACAAUUAGCAGCAAUUACUAAUAAAAAAGGGACAACAUUUUUACUUGAGUUUUCAGACGCAUUAACAACUAAUCAAAAAAAUGAUAAACUUUUAUUUACAGCACUUCUUGAUAGAGAAACACGCAGGGAAAAGGUAAAAGAAGCUAAAAACAGAGAACAGAAAUUAAAAAUGAAGUCCUUUCGAAAUACCAAUCUUGAAACUGAAUAUCCUACAGGAAAUACAAAAAAUUAUGAGGAUGAUCCAAAAUGUCUUAAUUCUAAUAUUAAUAAUGCGAUAUUAAUACAUUGUGAAGAAGAUUAUGACAACACUAUAAAAGCAGUAAGUAAUAUGAAUACAUAUUUAUAUAUAAGAAUAAAACUCAAUUUUUUAUUUUAAUUAUACUUUACUAGGAAUUACUAAAAGAAGAAGGAAUAAGUAAUGGAACAGCGUAAAUAUGUGAUGAAUAAAGUAAUAAAUAAAUUUUUAUUAUAUGCAAAUAAAUUGAAUAAAUUGUUACAUUUAUAUAUAUUAAACUUACUUUAUAUGGUUUAUAUAUUUUUAAUUUAAUUACAAUUCUAUUUUACAAUAAUACAUAAUCAUUUGAAAAAUUAUUUUACGAUAAUUUUUUUUUAUUCAUAUAAUUUAUUAUAAAUAUUUAUUGAAAAUAUAGUAGAGACAUUAAUAUAAUUGUGUAAAGUGUUUUUAAAAAUCAAAAUUAGAUUUUAUCAUAUUGAUUAUUGUACACUGUACAUCUGUGUUACAACAUAACUGAAGUUUCUGAUAAAUUUUAACACCUGCCGCGUGAAAGAAUCAUAUAUGUGCAUAUUUCUUUUUUAAAUAUUUAUUUUUAAAUAGUUUACACAUUCAAAUUUCAUUCAUAGUAUGCAUAUUGUGUUGUAACAUAAUGAAAACAAUUGAUUGUAAUUAUAAAAUUAUUAAAAUAGGUAAAAUUAUUUUCAUAGAAAUAA